GAAAAGUGCAGCGACUCACGCACGCAGCAGCAGUAGCAGCAGGAGGGGUUGACCACUUUCAUUUUUCACAGUCGACUAUCUGACUCCGCUGAGGUGAGUCGAGAUAAUUGGUUCCCUCAGGCGCUGUUUUUCUUUCUUUCUUCCUCUCCUUCUUUUCUUUAAAAAAAUUCAGCUUGCCGUCUGCUCCACCUGAUGGGCGCGGCUGGGACCGGUGCCAUCAUCUCUGUUUUGACUCGCCUGGGAAAGUUCGGGCACAAAAGGCACAUGAGGACGGAGGACUAUUAAAGAACAUCCCACGCGCGUCCACUUCAUAUCAACACAUUUACUCUCCGGUGGACGGGACCAGUCGGUCCAUCUUGACAGAUAUCGGGAUUUGAUUGUUUGUUGUUCAAGCUGGCUGAAGAUAAAUUGCGAUGGACGAGUUAACAAGACAGAUGGACUUCUCAGGAGGCCUGUCGGAAGAAAAGGUUGUGAGAGAAACUGUAAUCUCCACCUCCAGACUGACUUCUCUCCCACCAAAGGGAACAAGCGGAUCAAAUCACAGGAAUAUGUCCAGCAGUGCUGGAGGGCUGGGCUUGGAGAAGAAUGUCUUAACCCAGAACAGCAGCCGAACUUAUUUUUCUUCAUCUUCUGUAGGUGUGAACACCAGCAGCUUCAGCUCCUCCUCAGGAGUUUACGUCGGAGGAGACUCCUCAGGAGGUGAUGGAGGGGGAGUCUUCAUAGACGGAGAUGGGUUCAGAAGUACAGGAGGAGGACGAGGCGGCGGAGGACGAGGCAUCGGAGGAGGCAGUGGAGGAGGAAGCAGUGGAGGUGGAGGAGGCGGCGGAGGAGGGGGCGGCAGUUAUCUCGUGAGCUCGGUGUCAAAGGUCAGGUCCAGCUCGUCGGGCGGUGCCAGGAGAACGCAGACUGCUGGCUCAGCAGGAGGCCUGUCUCCAGUUUUCCGGGAGAGGAAGAACGUAUCCAGCCGCUCAGGAGGUUAUGACGGAAGUUCCAGUGGCAAUUCCUCUCCAGAGUUUCCACGCAAAGAUUAUGGAAUCUAUUGCUCCAGCGCCACAAGAGGGAGGAGUGAAAGCAGAGAGAGCGAGAUCAGAGCCAGACUACAAAGCGCCUCUCCUUCCGCCAGCAGAUGGACGGAGCUCGACGACGUGAAGAAGCUGCUGAAGGGACGCUCCUGCAGCGUCAGUCCCACCCGCUGCUCCAUCACCCUGCCUGUCCCGAAAAAGGCCAGCGUGGAAACCAAGACGGCCUCCGUGGCCUCUCAGUCGGGUUCAACUUCAUUUGGCCCUGGUGUGAGAUCAGCUGGGUUCCAAACCAUCGACACAUCAGGCUUUUAUGAUACCGGCCUGACAUCUGGGCAGUUUGAUACUGGUGUCAAAUUGGGCCAUUGUGAUGUUGGUCUGAAAUCAGGGCAGUAUGACACUGGUGUCAGAUCAGCCCAGUACGACACUGGUGUCAGAUCAGGCCAGUAUGACACGUUGGACGCAACGCUUCCUACUUUAUCUUGGUCCACCUCCACCUUGCCCUCCGCCUCCACCACGGUGGUCGCUGGCAACACCAGCACCUACCAGUCUGGCAACAACAACAUGUCGGUAGGAUCGGCGCCGCUCUGCCUCACCUCGCCCUCGUCCCUGUCGGUUUACGGCUUUCAGAAUAAUCUGGCUCCCACUUCUCCCAGUGUGCUCACAACCAGUGGAAGCAACACACUCCCUUCUCCUGGAGGUUACGGCGUUCAGAAGAACUUGUCAAAUGGCGGGGGUUUCAUCGGCUCUGGAAUCUCUACAACCACUCGAUCCCACACUGAUGAUUCAUACAAGAAAGACAAGUUCCUGAUGUCUGACAAGGAGAACUUUCCAGCCAAGAGGGAUACAGAAAUGCUCAUAACGGCCAAAGACACCGGGAAGCAGUUCAGCAGCGGCUGCUUCCCGAUGGGAGGAGGGUCGAUAUCAGGAGAUUCGAUGAAGAAAGAGAAGCUCGCUUCAAGCUACACGGAGACAAUGCCACUCAAGUCAGAGACAGGCAACUCUUACUAUGGAUCAUCUGGAGUUGUAAUGAAAGACAAAGCCACCUAUGCAGAGAUUCACAAGGAUGACGGCAUCUUCGGAGGAGGUGGAGGACUAUGCUGCUGCUCCGACGCCUGUUGCGCUUGGUGGAAAUGGCUGCUGGGUCUUCUCCUCCUCUCCCUGCUCCUGCUUGGACUCCUGUUUGGCCUCAUUGCACUGGCUGAAGACGUGAGAAAGCUGAAGAAUCGAGUGGCUACGCUGGAGGCCGAGUCCUCGGUGACUGCUGCUCGUACCGGCCGGCUGUCAGGCUCUUCCAAUGACCUCAACUUCUAUGGGGCCACUGGAGCUGGAGCUGGAGGUGUAGCAGGAGGUGUAGCAGGAGCUGGAGCUGGAGCUGUAGCUGGAGGUGUAGCUGGAGCUGGAGGUGUAGCAGGAGCAGGAGCUGGAGGUGGAGGUACCGCCCACACUGACAACACGCUGCAUCUUGACGCCGGAGGUGGAGGUGGAAGCUCGGGCUCCAAAACAAGAAUCGUGAUUGCUGGCGCUGGCGGCGGCGCCGGCGCUGGACACGGAGUUGACGUCAUCUUCGGGGGUGGUUCUGCUGGCGCCAAUGGGGCUGUGGCCACCGGGGCCAAUGCUGGUGGAGGGGCCGGUACCAGUGGCAGUGCCAGCAGAAGCGUCAGUACCGGUACCAGUUUCAGUGGCAGUGCUGGCGGCACUGGUCUCGGGACCGGAGUGAGCGGAGGACACGUCGACGCUACUUCUCUUCAGAUGACGAUCCGGCAGAUGUUAAGAACUGAAAUGCAGUCGCAGUCAUACAGAGCUUUCCUAGCAUCGUCAGUGCAGGGAGAUCGAGGAAUGCCUGGACCUAAAGGGGACUCUGGAACUAAAGGAGAUUCUGGUUUCGCUGGACUUCCAGGUGCUCCGGGUGGAAUGGGACAUGCAGGCCCUGAAGGUCCAAAAGGACAGAAAGGGAACCUCGGUGAUCACGGGGUGGAUGGCGCUCCAGGCGUCAGGGGUCGCGAGGGCCCGUCCGGCCCCAGAGGCGAGGUCGGACCUUCAGGCUUUGGAACGAAAGGUGAAAGAGGUACCGCCGGGGAGGCCGGGUCUGUCGGCCCGACCGGACCCAAAGGUGCGACUGGAGUUCAUGGAUCUUCUGGGGCACCAGGUCUUCAGGGUUUCCGUGGCGAGGCAGGACCACCUGGGCAUAACGGGGACAGAGGGCUGCCUGGAAUCCAAGGACUUAAAGGGGACACUGGUGACACGGGUCUCAGAGGUGUGAAAGGUGAACGAGGUCUCCAAGGGUCAGCAGGAGAGACAGGACCCAAAGGGUCAAUAGGGUUCCCUGGAGUUGAUGGAUUGAAAGGAUCAAGAGGUGACCAAGGAUCUGCUGGGCCACCUGGACUCAGAGGUCCUUCUGGGCCUCCUGGAGAUGAUGCAAUUUCAGGAACCCACAGGCUUCAAGGACCACCAGGGAUACCAGGGAACCCAGGAAGACCCGGCGCUAAAGGUGACGCAGGUGAACCAGGAAGAAUCACCAAUGCAGGUGGCUCCACAACUUACGCCAUCGCGGGACCACUCGGGCCUCCUGGUCCUUCCGGUUCUGCAGGUCUUCCAGGAUUACCAGGUUCCGUUGGCCCUGCUGGUGGGCCUGGCCAACCUGGUGUUAAAGGUGACAGAGGGUAUAGGGGGGAGCAGGGAGAAGACGGAAUAACAGUGAGGACAUCGGAAACUCUCAACUCAAGGCAGUUCAGUGCCAGUGGAGGGUCAGGACAACCGGGCCCACCCGGCCCACCGGGCCAACCUGGACGUCCAGGAGAUUCAAGACAAGGACCACCGGGACCGGCUGGACCCACAGGUCCUCCAGGUUAUGGAAGAUCAGGACCGAAAGGAGACAAGGGAGACGCAGGCUUUGCCUCCAGCUCUGGAACUUUCCAAACUGGACCACCGGGACCACCGGGGCCUUUUGGGCCUAAAGGAUCAGCAGGUACUCUCGGACCAAGAGGUUACCAAGGUGAACCGGGCCAGGCGGGCGUGCCGGGUUCACCCGGAAGACCAGGAAGCACCGAGAGAGGAGUGUCGUCUUACGGAGGAAGAAACAGUGUCCCUGGACCGCCGGGUCCACCGGGAAAUCCUGGACUUCCUGGCCCACAAGGUUUUAAAGGGGACACUGGGGCCCCUGGUGGUUCUGGCUCUUCAAGAGGCUCCGUCUCAGUCUCCUCGGGCCCUCCCGGCCCCGCGGGUCCUCCUGGUCCUCCAGGCGUGCCCGGCUCCCACACUUCAUCCAGUGAGAUGCAUCAAUACGUCAACGACUAUCUGAGUAGAAGCAGACACUCUAAUAUCCCCGGACCUGCAGGUCCACCUGGGCCCCCGGGACUUCCCGCAACCUUUUCAGGCUCUAUGGAUGACAUCUCCACUCGUAUCAUUUCAUAUAUACAACGUUCUGGCUCAGGCCUCAGCAGUGGUGGUCAGGGUCCUCCAGGACCACCUGGCCCACCUGGACCUAGUUAUGGCUCUGGCUCUGCGGCCAUGACGGUCAGCGGUCUCAUCAAUUUGCUUCAGAGAGAAGAUGUGAGGAGGUAUCUGUUGGGACCACCAGGGCCACCAGGAUCACAGGGACCACCGGGCCAAUCAGGAGGAAGUUCAAGCAGUUACAACGUCGAGGAGAUAUCCGCUUACGUCUUCAAAAUCAUGAACGACAAAGGGAUUUCUAGAGGUCUGCCCGGCCCACCCGGUCCUGCUGGGCCUUCUGGUUCCGGGGGUUCUGGCUACACUACCGCUACGAUUGACUACUCCGCACUGAUGAGAAACCCCGACUUCCGCUCUUGGAUCAACUCCGCCGUACAACACGGUCCUCCGGGUCCUCCGGGGCAAAGUGGCCCUCCUGGUCCUCAGGGCCCGUCAGGAGUCUCCACUUCGCUCGGGUCGCAAGGUCGCGGCUACAGCUUGGAGGAGAUUCAGCGUUACCUGCAGAGUGCUGGUUUCAGAGGUGUUCCCGGCUCUCCUGGUCCUCAGGGACCACAGGGGCCACAGGGUCCAACAGGCAGCGCACACUUUUCCCACAAUGCACACUUCCCUCGGGAGAGUAUCCGCACUGAAAUUCAAGAGUACCUGACCAGUGACGGUGUUCGUCGCUCCAUCGUCGGAACUCCGGGGCCUCCGGGACCGAGGGGUCAGAAGGGAGAUCGCGGCGAGUCGGGUUACAUCCAGAGCCACGCGCAGAGCCAGAGCUACUCUCAGGGUGACUCUCAAUUCGGCUCCGAGCGCAGGGAUAUCGACAGCGUCGCCAUAAAGGUUACGGACUACAUCAAGAAUCAAGGCCUGCUGCAGGGCUAUCUGGUUGAGGGUGCUCCUUGGAGGGGGAGCGUGAGAGCGGUUCAAGGGCCCCCUGGUCCACCUGGCCCCGCCGGACCCGCCGGUCAGAGCCGCGUCAUCGGUUCCUACGGCAACGUCACAGCCGACCUCAUGGAGUUCUUCAGAACGUACGGCACCACCCCCGGCCCUCUAGGAGCCCCCGGACUAAGGGGUGACCAAGGGCAUCCUGGACCCAGAGGAGAAAAGGGCGAUCCCGGGCGGCCAGGUUUACCGGGCAUCCCCGGAUCCUACUCUCUCCAAAUUCCACACAGAGUACAGAAGAGGGACGCAGAAGAGAAAAUUGUCGGUCGUCGCCAUCGCCGCCACGCCGCCGUCGGCUAAACAUUCUACUGGGUCGAGUCCGAUUUAUUUCUAGUUUUUUUUUGGUGUUGAACCGUAGCUUUUUAUUGUUGCUGGCUGUUAAAAACAAAUCACAAGACAAUUUGAGAGAAUAAAAAUGGCCGAAGACGCAAUACGGCUCUUUAAAACUGCUUCGUGGAGGCUUCGAUUUAGCUGCUGGGCAGUGUCUUUGUCAUAGACUGUAUUUUUAAAUGUGGGUGUAUAAGGUUUACUUUUCUUAGCUCGCAAUCAACUUUUCCACGGGCAGCUUUGUUUAAGAGAAUAUCUUUUUAGGCAAUAAGUAGCCGAGUAGUGUAAUAAUGGCACUUUGCAUCUUUUCCCACUGCUCGUGUGUAACUUGAUCUACUGGUGUACCUAUUUUUUCUAUUCAUUGUCUUUUGAGGAUUCUAUUGUCUUGAGGAUUAUACAAGUGUUGAACGUUGCAUCGAGGUAACCCUUCAAUGUUUCAUAAAUGCCUUCAAUAUUGCCAAAUUAAUUAAUAUAAAUGAAGCCAACCUCCAGCCUGUAAGUUAUCCAUUCACACAUUACAAAACAAUUUACAUUUGUUAAAUAUAUAAAGGAAUGCAUCAUUACCAGUCAGAGUGAGGGUCAUUUGUGCAGCAGGGAGGGGACUUUGGGGACAGUAAAUAUUGCUGGAGUGAAGACUGAUGAUUUACUUGAAAGGUUUGUUGGUAAAAUAAAUAUCAUUGUUCGCAUGGUUGAAAGAAAGAUAAUCACUAAGAAAUUAUUGGAUUGUAUAUUUUUGUAUGACUGAAAUUGAUCGAUUUUCUUUAUACCAUUAAGUGUUGAAAAGAUUAAAUUAUAAAAUGUUCCCAGA